CCUUCCCGUCAUUCGAAAUUAGAGAAAGCCGAUAUAUUGGAAAUGGCGGUCAAGUUUCUCCAGAAUGUCCAACGCCAACACCUAGCUCUUGCCAUGGCUAACGAUUCUUCUGUGCUGAGAAAAUUCAAGAAUGGUUUCAACGAAUGUGCCUCAGAAAUAGACAAGUACAUGGGACAAGUAGAUGGGACUGACAGCACAAUUAAACAAAGAGUAUCCAGCCACCUUCAAAAAUGUAUAGGAGGAAUCGAGCAGGUUGCUCAAUUCAAUUUUCCAGGAUUCAAUAACUUUCCCUUCAUCGGCGGUAAUACUAUAAUAACCACUACUCCCAACCAAGCAGAAAUAGCAAGUAAUAUGGACACCCGUGAUGAUCAGAAUAACAAUCCUAGAAUUCAAAUACCACAAGGUAUCCAGCUCAUUCCCAGUAGGCUUCCUAGUGGCGAGUUAGCGCUGUUAGUUCCGAACUUUAGCAAUAUGCCUUAUUUUCCGACAGCUGUUAAUACUAGUACACAACGUUCGAGUGCGUUUGCAACAGUGAUACCACAAUCUACUGUAGCAGAUCAACAAAUUCCUAAACCUCUCAGUCCCCCUGUGAGUCCGAUCAGUCAAGACGAACUGAGAUUCAGAAAUCCUUCACCACAUGGCUUUAGACCAGUUAUUCCAGCUAAUAAAGUUAGGAAUUACUCAGAAGAUCACCAAGUGCCGCAAAUAUCUUCCACAGUAUCCGGAGAUAAACAACAGUUUUCUCAACCUUCAGAAGUGAAAACCUUGAAGUUUCCCAUCAACAAAUUUUGUGAUAAGGACAGAAAAGUCGACUCUUCUAAAAAAAUUGUAGAACCUCUCUGUAUAAUUACCAAUCAAGCAGAAAGAUACAAACAAGCUCAAAUGAAAGAAGACUCUGCUUAUUAUGAAGAAAAUGUGAAGCAUGGUGUCAAACGAAAGUUUUCAGAAACUCAAGGUCUUCUGACAGUUACUCAACAUGAUUUCAGUUUUCCACCUCCACCAAAAAUAAUAAAGACACAACUCGUUACUCCAACUACAGGCAUUACGUAUGAUAGCGACUCAUCUUCAGAUUCCAGAUCGGAUUUCAAGACAAAUAUUAGAGCUGAGAGCUCUCAUAGAACUGAAUCGUCAAGUAAUCCCGAUAAGCCAUGUGGCUCAAGAGACAAUAAUUUUGAUGGUAAUAAUGAUAUGUGGAGGCCUUGGUGAUAUUUGUUUAUUAACUACUGUGAUGUUUUUAGAAUUAAGUUUACAUGCUCAAGUUCAAGCUUUAAUGUAAUAUAGUACAAACGUGCUUGAAAGGUGAAUAAAUGUUAAGUUCCUGAAUGGUAGUGUUGAGAUUGACUGAACUUUAUGAAGUUUUUAGAAAUAUAUACAUUUUUAUAAUG